UAUAACGUCGUUUCUGUUAUCUUUGAUAAGAAGCACUAAUUAGUAUAUGAAGUAGGUGGCAAUUAAUUCAUUAUAGUCAGUGAAUUGACCGUUGGAAGAUGAAGGGUUUCGCUUUUGUUUUGUUGUGCGUGCUCGUCGCCGUGCAGGGUCGCCACACUGGCGUCGAGAAAUCCGGCAGCCCCGCCGCCCUGGGUGAGAACCCCUGGUUGGUGCACCUCCGCAUCGCCGUCUCCACCAGUGGCCUCCUGGACACCUGCGCCGGAUCCCUCAUCGGCAGCGGCUGGGUGCUCACCGCUGCUAGCUGCGUCGCUGACCAGCGUUUCAUCUGGAUCCGCUACGGCGUCGUGGACGUGAUCAGGCCUUCCUUCGUCACCGAGAACUCCCAGGCUGUCCUCCACCCUGAGUACGAUGCUGCCUCUGGCAAGAACAACCUUGCCCUCAUCAACCUCAACAGAGUGAUCGAAACCACUGAAAACAUCGCUCCCAUCUCCCUGUCCGGCUCUGCCUCCGAAUCUGGUACCUUCUGCGCCUUCGGUGCUAGCGACGGCAAACCUGGUGAGCAGCUGAACUGCUACGAAGCCGCCAUCUCUGGAGACGAUGGUUUCAGCGUUUCCGGCGACUUUGAGGCUACCGAGUUCGACCUUGGAGCCCCCGUUGUAAGCGAAGGUGCUCAAGUCGGACUUCUCACCGGAUCCGAUGGCUCCUUCACCGGCGUCGGUGACUACAUCGACUGGAUCGAGAGUGCUACUGGUAUCGCCUUCAACGCUGAAGCCGCCCCUGAAGCUGUCCACUUCGUCUAAUAAGUCUCAACCACCUCACAGCUCAAACCUAAAACUUGGUCCUUUGGUCCGACGUGGUCCUAAUUUGGUCCUCCACUCCUUUGCAAAAAUAAUUGUGCUACCAAGUACUCGCCCAACGGUCUGAUAAGUGAUAUUUCGAGCUGUGUUUAAUUAUUGUAAUAAAUAAUUUAACAAAUUCCA